UCCUCACUAAAGUUUACUGGACUAAGCAAAACCUGUGGGACUUGAAGCAAACAACUGUGAACAUGAAAUUGUAUCUGGUUCUUGCCUUUGUGGCAUUCACAGGUAGCCAAGCCAACCUGUUUUAUGCUGAUGAGCCCAAGCCACAGCUGGAGCAGCUGACAGAUGCUUUCUGGAGUUAUGUUGCCCAGGCCACACGCACCGCAGAGGACACCCUGAAAAUGAUCAGAGAGUCUCAACUGGGUCAGGAAGUCAAUGUCAGGCUGACCCAGAGUGCUGAUAUGGCCAGCGAAUAUGCUGUCACCCUCAAGAAACAGAUGGAUCCUCUGGCUGAAGAGCUGAUGACCAAAAUCACCAAGGAGGCUGAAGUGUUGAGGGAGCGUCUGGGCCAGGACUUGAUCAACGUAAGAGACAAACUGGAGCCCUAUGCUGACAACCUCAAGAGCCAAAUCCAGCAGAGAGUGGAGGAGCUCAGGACGGCCAUGGCUCCAUAUGCUGACUCCCUGGAUUCUGAGACCCUGAAGGCCACUCUGCUCCAGAAGAGUGAGGAGCUGAGAGGAAACCUGGAGCAGAGCGUGAAGGAGCUGCAGGCUCAGCUGGAGCCCUACACUGCUGAGAUCAAGGAGAAAGUGGACCAGCGUCUGCAGGAGUUUCAGAAGACCGUGACCCCCCUGGCUGAGAAUCUUCAGGCCCAGAUUAGAGAGAGAGCCCAGAUGGUCCAGCAGAGUCUCACACCCUAUGCUGAAGACCUGAAGGAAAAGCUGGACCCCUACGCACAGGACCUGAAGGCCCAGCUCACCUCCCUGUACGAGUCCUUCGCCAAAAGAAUUUAGAUGCUUCAAAGACUUCUUUAGUCACUAACAGAACUGUUUUUCCUUCCAUUGUGACUCUAAAAUCCCAUAUCUCUCCAAUAACCAUGUCAUAAAUCAAACUACUAGGCAACAACAUCUUUUUGGUAUUACAUGUAGACCAAACACUAAUAUAGAGAAAAAGAGUGAUUCUUUUUUCUGAAAUCCUGUUGUUUACACCUUAACCAUUCAUACAGAUGCAGAAAUGUUGCUCUUUUCUAACUGUUGUGUAUUUAUUUCAAUUUAGCAAGUCUUUAUAUCGUCUGACAGAAAAUGUUGUUUCUUGCAAAUGCAAAGUGUAUCAUUUGUCUUAUUUAUGCAACAAUAAAACAUCUGCCAUUUAUUAACACAA